CAAUCUCACAAAUGGAUUCCGAACUCCAGAAAAACUCAAACGAAUGCCGCCAUUUGCAAUAUUUUCCCAGCAGCUCGUGCCUUCGGACGGCCAUUUGCCCACUCUCCAUUUUCCAGAGAAAAUGGCAAGAAGAAGAACGCCAUUUCUCCAUCUGCCGGCGCCGGCGACGGUCUGCAGUUUACGCACGUGGCCAUGGCGUCGUUUUCUCAGUUUAUACCCAAUCUUCGACAGCUUUCCAAGAAGAACAGGACUCGACUCGAGAAUCUCCUUAGUAAAAUCCUCCCUCGCCUCCAUUUUUUUAAUCCGAGCUCUGAAAAUACUGUUCUUCUAGAAAUUGAAAUACAGUUGGUUCAAGUUUAACGUUUACUCGUAUUGGGAUUCUCGCGCGGCGGAACCAUCGAAGUUUUUGUGUACAAGGAAGAAACAAACGAUGUUUUCCUCAAAUUUGUUUUUCCCGCUUUUGCAUCCAUUCGUUUGUAACUUGUAACUUCAAUUGACGGCCAUGUCCGCCGCCCCCGGCCGCCGGCGCCACCACCCGACCCCCACGAGCUCGACGGACGUCUCCAUCUCUAUUACCCAGAAUGAUUCCUCCAUAAUUUCAAGAAAAUCCACUCCCGGACGACGGCCCCGAAACCCUACUCCGGCUUCCCCUUUCGCUGCAGACGAUGAUAAAUCAUGGCAAGGCGAGCUCUCAUGGCAGUUUGAGCCCACUGGAUGGCGAGAUUCUCGCAAUUUUGGCGAAGCCCUAGGUCCUUGGGCCGCCUCCGUCGCCCCAUCUUCUUUUUCCAGUAGCCGCGUCUUACGCCGCACCGCCAAUGACUACUAUCUUUCCCCCACCCGCCGCGUUCGCCGGAGUUUCCCGAGCCCGUACCGCGACGUUUCCGGUUCCGGCUAUGCGCCGGCGGGAAGAGUGGAGCUGCAGAGUUUUGUGGGCAGAGAAACAGAGAAUUCGUUGUUCGUCGGGGAAAGCUACAUUCCCGGUGAAACCAGCAAAAUCAGCCCCUCUUCACCGCGGUUUCCGCUGUGGGAAACCGACGAUCGGGACCAAAAAGAUGAAAUUAAAACUCCUUUGGCUGAGAAAGAUGAACUUGGCAAGAAUUACCACGACAUUUCAGAACAUAGUGAGAUGUAUUCAUCAUAUAUUGAUGAAAGUGUUUCAGAUGAUAGUGAGGAUGAGGAUGAAGUGGAGCCAGCGAAGGCAAUUGGGCUUUUCAGUUUGUUUAAGUAUUCAACUAAGUUGGAUAUAGUUCUUAUAAUCUUGGGCUGUUUUGGAGCUCUCAUUAAUGGCGGAUCUCUUCCUUGGUAUUCUUAUCUCUUUGGGAAUUUUGCAAACCAGAUUGCUACAGAAUCGUCUAUAGCUGACAAGAGUCAAAUGAUGAGAGAUGUUCAGAGGAUAUGCCUAUUCAUGACUGGAUUAGCAGCAACAGUGGUUGUUGGAGCAUACAUGGAAAUAACCUGUUGGAGACUGGUUGGGGAUCGAUCGGCUCAGCGGAUCAGAACGAAGUAUCUACGGGCAGUUCUACGACAGGAUAUCAGCUUUUUCGACACGAAAAUUAGCACCGGCGACAUCAUGCACGGAAUUUCCAGUGAUGUGGCUCAAAUCCAAGAAGUAAUGGGGGAGAAGAUGGCUCACUUCAUUCACCAUAUAUUCACCUUCAUAUGUGGGUAUGUAGUAGGUUUUCUGAGGUCAUGGAAAGUUUCUUUGGUUGUCUUCUCAGUGACCCCCCUGAUGAUGUUCUGUGGCAUGGCUUAUAAAGCCAUUUAUGUAGGCCUAACUUCAAAAGAAGAGGCUUCUUACAGGAAAGCUGGGGGAGUGGCAGAGCAGGCCAUCAGUUCAAUCAGAACUGUUUUUUCAUUUGUUGCAGAAGAUCAUCUGGCUGCAAAAUAUGCUGAGCUUCUGGCAAACUCUGUUCCUUUUGGGAAGAGGAUUGGGUUCUCAAAGGGUGCAGGAAUGGGAGUUAUUUAUCUCGUCACUUACUCAACUUGGGCUUUGGCUUUCUGGUACGGAGCCAUCUUGGUCACUCGGAAAGAGAUCACCGGGGGCGACGCAAUCGCAUGUUUCUUCGGGGUGAACGUCGGAGGAAGGGGAUUGGCUCUAUCACUUUCAUAUUUCGCUCAGUUUGCACAAGGAACUGUAGCAGCAGGCAGAGUUUUCAGUGUGAUAGAGAGAGUUCCAGAGAUUGAUUCCUACAGCCCCACGGGAAGAAGACUCGGAAAUGUUCGUGGAAGAAUGGAGUUCAAAGGCGUGAGUUUCGCAUACCCAUCCCGGCCCGAUUCGUUGAUUCUGAAAUCAGUGAAUCUGGUGUUUCCAUGUUCAAAGACAGUGGCUAUAGUAGGUGCCAGUGGAGGUGGUAAAUCCACCAUAUUUGCUCUCAUUGAGAGGUUCUACGACCCCAUUGAAGGGAGAAUCAUUUUGGACGGCGUGGAUAUAAGGAGCUUGCAAAUCAAGUGGCUGAGAGAUCAGAUUGGGAUGGUGGGCCAAGAACCAGUUCUUUUUGGGACAAGUAUUAUAGAAAAUGUUAUGAUGGGAAAGGAGAGUGCGAGUGAGAAAGAAGCCAUUGCUGCCUGCAUUGCUGCCAACGCUGAUACUUUCAUCUCUGCCCUUCCACAAGCCUACCACACCCAGGUCGGAGACAGAGGAACUCUGCUCUCCGGUGGUCAGAAACAGCGAAUAGCAUUGGCCCGAGCGAUCGUUAAAAACCCUAAAAUUCUUCUCUUAGACGAACCAACAAGCGCUCUGGACCCUGAAUCCGAAUCUACAGUUCAAAAGGCCAUCGAUCACCUCUCGCUGGGCCGAACAACCAUCGUUAUUGCUCAUCGCCUAGCAACUGUGAGAAACUCCCAUGUCCUGGCCGUGAUCGAACAUGGCUCCGUCGUUGAAAUUGGUAAUCACCGUCAGCUAAUGGAACGAGAAGGUGCCUAUUACAGCCUCGUCAAGCUCGCAUCCGAAGCAGUACGAGAAACUUCCUCCAAACUAAAUGAUGAUCACAAACUCACUGAUCUUUCCUUCAAUGAUAUCUCGAAGUCGGAGUACGUAAUUGAGCUUUCGAAGUCGAGGUACUUUAAAUCCGCGGUAGAGGAGAAGCCAGAAGAGAAGAAAGAGGAGAAACGAAGAAAUGUUCGAAUUACAGAAAUCUUGAGAUUACAGAGGCCGGAGAUUUCAAUGCUGCUACUGGGAUUUCUCAUGGGUUUGAGUGCAGGUGCAAUUUUGUCGAUUUUCCCUUUCAUUCUCGGAGAGGCGCUUCAAAUUUACUUCGAUACCGAAACUUCGAGGAUGAAAACUAAAGUUGGGCAUUUGUGUAUAGUGCUGGUUGGGCUGGGAAUUGGCUGCAUUCUGUUCAUGACAGGGCAGCAAGGUUUCUGUGGCUGGGCUGGAACUAAGCUAACAGAGAGAGUAAGAGAUCUUUUGUUCCGAUCAAUACUAAAACAAGAGCCUGGUUGGUUUGAUUUCCCCGAGAAUUCCACCGGAGUUCUCAUCUCCAGGCUAUCGAUCGACUGUAUCAAUUUUCGUUCGUUUCUAGGUGAUCGGAUCUCGGUGUUGUUGAUGGGGUUGAGUGCAGCUGCUGUUGGCCUUGGUCUCUCAUUUUGGCUUGAAUGGAGACUGACCCUGUUGGCUGCUGCUCUAACUCCUUUCACCCUUGGUGCCAGUUACAUAAGCUUGAUUAUAAACAUUGGGCCAAAACUUGAUGAAAAUGCUUAUGCCAAAGCUAGUAAUAUUGCUUCAGGUGCAGUGUCAAACAUAAGAACAGUGACAACGUUCUCGGCGCAAGAGCAGCUGGUUAAAGCCUUCAAUCAAUCGUUAUCGGAGCCGAAGAAGAAGUCGGUUAAAAGGUCACAGAUUUUAGGCUUAACGUUUGGCUUCUCCCAAGGUGCCAUGUAUGGAGCCUAUACACUCACUCUCUGGUUUGCUGCACGCCUUAUUCAACAAGGCAAAACAAGUUUUGGUGAUGUGUAUAAGAUUUUCCUUAUUCUUGUUUUGAGCUCCUUUUCUGUUGGACAACUUGCUGGUUUAACACCGGAUACUUCCAUGGCGGAGACUACAAUUCCCGCGGUGUUGGAUGUCAUCAAUCGGAGGCCAUUGAUAGGCGACGAGAAAAGAAAAAGUAGGAAGAAAGAAUGGUUGAAAAGUUUUGGUGUUGAGUUCAAAAUGGUGACAUUUGCAUACCCAUCUAGGCCUGAGGUGAUUGUGCUGAGGGACUUCUGCUUAAAGGUUAAAGGGGGCAGCACGGUGGCUUUGGUUGGUGAAAGCGGGUCGGGUAAAUCAACAGUUAUAUGGCUUACUCAGCGAUUUUACGACCCGAUUCGAGGGAAGGUGCUGAUGGGAGGUGUGGAUUUGAGAGAGAUCAAUGUGAAAUGGUUGAGGAAGCAAACAGCUUUGGUUGGUCAAGAGCCUGCUCUGUUUGCUGGAAGCAUAAGAGACAACAUUGCAUUUGGAGACCCAAGUGCCUCAUGGACUGAGAUUGAAGAGGCUGCUAGAGAUGCUUAUAUUCACAAAUUCAUCAGUGGCCUCCCUCAAGGAUAUGAAACACAGGUUGGUGAGAGUGGGGUUCAGCUAUCGGGUGGCCAGAAACAAAGGAUAGCUAUAGCGAGGGCGAUUUUAAAGAAAUCAAGGGUGUUGUUGCUAGAUGAAGCAAGCAGUGCAUUGGACCUGGAAUCUGAAAAGCAUGUCCAAGAUGCACUUAGGAAGGUGUCAAAGCAAGCUACUACGAUCAUAGUUGCCCAUCGCCUUUCGACUAUACGAGAUGCUGAUAUGAUUGCAGUUUGUAGAAAUGGCUCGGUCGUUGAGCAUGGCAGCCACGACACCCUAAUGGCCAAGUCUCAUCUCGGUGGUGCCUAUGCAAGCAUGGUUCAUGCAGAAUCUGAAGCCACUGCAUUUUCUUGAGCUUAACUGCUUAGCUUUGUACUUCACAUUGUUGAUAAAUAUACUCAAAUCAAAUUCAUCUCAUUGGACGAACAUCGUUUUCGGUCCAACGAGGAUGUAAAUAUUGAAAAAAAUUGAUUUGAUUUGAACAAAGAUUGUUUAUGUAAAAAUGCAGAAGAGAAGAAACAUGAGGAUUCUUCUACAACUUCACAUGA